AUGCCUAUACUGGCACUUUUCACGCGCCUCUUAGCCGCUGUCUCUGUGGCUGCUGCCUUGGUGGCCCAGCCGGCCUUGUAUGCCCUUCAAAUCGACUCCGAGUCGCCCUAUUCCUUUACCAUUACAGAUGACAAAAAUCAAAGUGUUGUCUCCAACAUCGGCAUUCUGGCGGGCAGUAACAACGACAGCAUGAGUGCCGUGUCUAGAGACUCCGAUGAAACGAGUGUCCAUUUUGGCUUCAUAACGCCGACGAUAGUCCGUGUGAACAUCACGAGCUCACUGGGGUUCACCGGAGCCCAGUUCUCUACAGCUGAGGAUGCGCUGCACUAUGGUGUCUGGGCACACCCGUUCAACGAAUCAAUUGCCAACUCCAACGUUUCGUUUGAUCUUAAAGGCAUGCAGGGAAACGAUGGGAUCAACUAUGCCAGUGUACGAUCGCCGUUCUUCGUAUCCAGUGCAGGCUAUGCUGUGUACACGGAUACAGAGGCUAUGGGUUCGUAUUCGUUCUCCAGCGUCAGCCACAACAACGAAGUCCAAUUUGGCUUUAAUGCGACGGAAAUCGUCUACUAUAUUCUUUUGCCGGAAUUCAAAGGCGACCUUAAGAGCCUUUUGACGCAAUAUGGAAGACUGUCGGAUAGAUCACCAUUGUGGUCGCCCAAAGCGUACGGGCCUAUGUUUUGGCACAACGAUUUUCAACGAAAGUCUGGAUUCCCUAAUGGUGUGAACAAUUCUCAGGAAUUUGUUGAGGAUGUGGUGAAUAAGUUGGCACAGCAUCGAAUCCGGGCCAGUGCUGUUAUGGUUGAUCGGCCUUAUGGUACCGGCACCGAAGGGUGGGGAAAUUUUGACUUUGACAAGGAGUAUUGGCCAGAUAUUCGUGCGUUGGUCGAACGUGUCGCGCAGAAAGGACUCGAUUUCCAGGUAUGGGUUGCCAACAGGGCUGUCCCUGGAUCUCAGCUCUAUAACCACUCAGAAUCGCGGGGUUGGCUGUUGGAACCGGCUUCCGAAGAGCAGCUCGGGCAGGCGCUGAACCUCUCAAACACAGAGGCUUACGAGUAUUUUGGGGCAGAAAUUGACUGGCUGCCCAACCUUGGGGUCAAGGGUUACAAGAUUGACAGGGGCGACGAGGACGAAAUGCCAGUCUGGGAACAAAACACCCAAAGUUACCUGUUCCACAAGCUGCUGUACGAAGGCCAAGCAAAGCAAUGGGGGGCCGCGUCAGCAGAUAAUCGCCGCCCAGCGGGUUUCUACAACUUCGCGAGAAAUGCGAAUGAUCGAUCGCGCAAGUAUACUGGUGUCUGGGGUGGGGACCCUGCCAGUAGCAUAGAUGGCCUUCUACAGAGUAUCAGGAAUGGCAUCCGGUCUGGACUCCUUGGCUUCCCGAUCUGGGGCAGCGACUGCGGGGGUUACACGCGGAAAGUUGGAAGAAAUCAGCCAACUGAGAAGCUCUGGGCUCGCUGGAUGUGGUUCUCGGCUUUCAGCCCAGUCUACGAAGUCAUGCUUUACGAGGGUAGUAUCCCAUGGCAUGACUACUCGGAUGAUCUGGUAUCUGUCUUACGCGAUACCGCGCAGCUCCAUCACGAGUUAAUACCGUUUAUUCAGAGCUACAUGUAUCAGGCAACAAUGAAUAGUCUCCCGCUAAUAAGGGCACUAUUUCUCGAGGCCUCGCAAGACGACGACAGUGUUUGGGAGGCUGAUGAGUCCUACUUUUUUGGCGAGGAGUUCUUAGUGGCGCCCAUCACAAGGGACGACGGUGAAAAGGGAGUUUACUUCCCAAAGGGACGAAGAUAUCUCGAGUAUCUUAACAAGCAGGAUGUUUAUGAUGGUGGAAGCUCGCAGACGUUCAAUAUGGGAAUCAACGCUGUCCCGGUAUUUGUGCGCGAGGGAUCCAUUAUACCAAGGGGUGACAUAUACCGGAACAACAGGCAGUGGGAGGAUGAGACCAACAAAGACGACGAGUGGCGCCCCUGGCUGAAUAUCGAGGCUUACCCGAGCUACGGUGUCAAGUCUAGCAAAUUCAUAUACUUCGACGAAGCCUAUGGUCGCGCAGUGGAGAUCAAAAUGGAGACUAACAACUCUGGAAAAACGAUUUGUGUUUCUUACGGCCGCAUGAGCGCUCCAGGGAAGCUCGUCUUCUAUCUGAAGGGAGGACCUAAAGGCUUUGAUCUCUCACGCCGAGGAGGGAACAAGUGUCUGCGGAAUGUUGAAACUUUGUUUGAUUAG